UGGCAGAAUACUCGUGCUAAUGCCAACCCCGGGCGGUCUUGAAUAUAUGUUCUGAUGCUGUUAAAGGUGUAGGAUAGUCUUGCAAUUACAAGGGAAAGAAACGGUCUUGUCUACCAGUACAAUGAGAAAAUACCCGUCCCUCCUCUCCCUGGCUCUGGUCUGCUGCUGCUGGAGCGUACAGGCUGAAGUAUUCACCUCUAUAGGUCAAAUGACAGACCUGAUAUACACAGAGAAGGAGUUGGUUCAGUCCUUGAAAGAAUACAUCAAAGCAGAAGAGUCCAAACUAGAUGCUGUGAAAAGCUGGGCCAACAAGCUGGACGUGCUGACGCGUGUCUCCACCUUAGACCCGGAGGGCUACCUGGCCCACCCCGUCAACGCCUACAAGCUGAUGAAGAGACUCAACACGGAGUGGUCCGAGCUGGAGAGCCUGGUGCUGCAGGACCCUUCAGACGGGUUUAUCUCCAACAUGACAGUACACCGGCAGUACUUCCCUGACCAGGAGGAUGAGAAAGGUGCUGCCAAGGCACUGAUGCGUCUCCAGGACACGUACAAACUGGACUCUGAGAGUUUCGCCAGGGGCAAACUGCCAGGGAUGCACCACAACGCCAUCCUGACAGUGGAUGACUGUUACGACAUGGGGAAGACAGCUUACAACGAGGCAGACUACUACCACGCAGUGCUGUGGAUGCAGCAGGCCCUCAGGCAGAUGGAUGCAGGGGAGGAGCACGUGGUGUCCAAGGCCGAUGUCCUGGACUAUCUCAGCUACUCCGUCUACCAGAUGGGAGACCUGCCCCGCGCCAUCGAGCUGACACGCCGCCUAGUGGCCAUUGACUCUAGCCAUCAGAGGGCAGGAGGAAACCUGCGUUACUUUGAGAAGCUGCUGUCCAAGCAGCUGAACAAGCUGAACCAGGAGGGCCAGGAGCCAGCCACAGAGGAGCCCAUCCAGCUGGGGACCUACAAGAGACCCAAUGACUACCUGCCUGAAAGGGAGAUCUACGAGGCCCUGUGCAGGGGAGAGGGAGUCAAAAUGACCACUGAGAGGCGCAGCCGGCUGUACUGCCGCUACCACGAUGGGAACAGGAACCCUCGUCUGCUGCUCCAGCCCAUGAAGGAGGAAGAUGAGUGGGACAGCCCACACAUCGUCCGCUACCUCAACGCUCUGUCAGAUCAGGAGAUAGAGAAGAUCAAGGAGCUGGCCAAGCCCAGGCUUGCAAGAGCUACUGUUAGAGACCCCAUAACAGGCGUCCUGACCACAGCAAACUACAGGGUAUCCAAAAGUGCGUGGCUGGAGGGGGAAGAGGACCCUGUUAUUGAACGCGUCAACCAAAGGAUAGAGGACAUCACAGGUCUGACAACGCAGACUGCUGAAUUACUCCAGAUUGCUAACUAUGGGGUCGGAGGACAAUACGAGCCACAUUUUGAUUUCUCCAGGAAAGAGGAACCUGAUGCUUUCAAAACAUUAGGCACUGGAAAUCGUGUGGCUACUUUUUUAAAUUACAUGAGUGAUGUUGAAGCUGGAGGAGCGACUGUGUUUCCAGACUUUGGAGCAGCUAUCUAUCCCAAAAAGGGAACUGCAGUCUUCUGGUACAACCUCUUUAGGAGCGGAGAGGGAGACUACAGGACCAGACACGCUGCCUGUCCUGUGUUAGUAGGAAGUAAAUGGGUGUCCAACAAAUGGAUCCAUGAGCGAGGUCAAGAGUUUAGGAGGCCAUGUGGCCUAACAGAAGUGGACUGAACCGAACCUCUCACCACUGACCUCAGACUGGAGGUGUACACUCUAUCUACAGUGCCUGAACAUUUUAUUGAUCUCUCUCUCUCUCUCACACACACACACACACACACACACACACACACACACACACACACACACACACACACACACACACACACACACACACACACCUACUGUGGUAUCUAUUCUGGCUUUUAACAUUGAGUUGAGUCUUGAAUCUUCAGUACCUAUGCAGAUAAAAGAAGGUGGAUAUGUGAAUAUACUGUGGGUAUAUGGCGUUAAAGGCUCUAAUUUCUUGUUUUGUUUACUUGUUGUUUGUUUAGCAUUAUGAUUUUUUGUUAAAAAAAAAUGACAUGCAUAAUCACAUACUGACAGCACAACCCUAUGAGAACCUACUGUUUUCUGUCCAGUACAUUUGUAUUUAGAGACUGCUUAAAUUAUUACACCGUAUGAUUGUGACAUUUUUUAAAUAUGGAAAAUGUGAACCACAAUAAACAGUGUCUUUUAUUAAUGCCCCAA